AUGGCAAGCCGAUUUUCUGCUUGUAUGCUGGCUUUACUGCACGUCUGUCGUUCCGCUGGCUCCUAUGAACCACCGACAUUGCCUGACGUUGGAGAUCCAAAGUUUAUUGAGGAAUGUGUGCAAACCCAUAACAGAUUCCGGUCUGGAGUGAAUCCACCAGCUAGCAACAUGCUCUACAUGAGUUGGGAUCCAGAUUUGGCAAAGACCGCGAAAGCCUGGGCAAAGAGGUGCCUGUUUAAACAUAAUACGUACCUCAAAGAUCCAGGACAGGCUCACCCCAAAUUUACCCCUGUUGGAGAAAACCUCUGGACUGGCUCACUUUCUGUGUUUACUGUGCAAGGAGCCAUCACGUCUUGGUACAACGAGGUCAGCGCCUACAAUUAUGCCACCAAUAAGUGCAGAGGAGCAUGCGGCCACUAUACGCAGAUUGUUUGGGCUACAAGCUACAAGGUCGGCUGUGCUGUCCACUUCUGUCCCAGGGUGGCGUACUCCUCCAUAACCAACGCAGCACACUUCAUCUGCAACUAUGGGCCGGCUGGGAAUUACCCGGUGCGCCCAUACAAGACGGGAGCAGCGUGCAGCGACUGCAAUGGCGAGCAGUGUGCCAGCCAGCUGUGUCAAAACGCAGAGCGUGACAAAGUCAUUAGUGAUUCCAAGUGGCGUCCAGACUGGGACAGACCUGCAUGUGAUGAGUACUGCAUCACCAUUAUUGCUUUAAGGCCAUUACUCCUUAUACUGACAAUUCUGGCCACCUGGCUCCUACCAAAAUACUGGUCUAUAGCACCUGCCAGUGAGUGA